AUGGAAAGCUAUUAUUAUUGUCUCUGCUCAUGUUUGUGAUUAUUUAUUUAUUUGUGGUAAUUACAUUAAGUAAACGAAAAUACGUAAUAAAACAAGAUAUUCACGCACUUUAUAAAUUACUUUAUAAAGCAUUGAAAAUAUCUGAAAAUUGAAAAACUGUCUCUGGAACCGUAUAACCUCUCAUAACCUCCAAAUGUUACUUGACACUUAUGUUUAUUCGACCGGUUUAAGGAGCAUUUACGCAGUUCAUAACUGUGAAUUUAUGGCAUAAUCGCAGGUAAAGCAAGUUAAGUAAAGGAGGUAAAGGACGGACUAGUGGAAGAGGAAGGAAAGAGGAAGAUCAUUUGGAGCAAGUUAUAGCACCCGCGUCGUAAUGCCGUCCGAGCAAGCACCAACGUAGCGACGAAUAAUUAUAUGAUGUACCAGGACGCUCGCGAAGGGCGAAACGUCAUAUGAGUUGCCGCAGACAGUGUCUUGGUUUUAACCUAAUUUCAUCCGUACCUGUUUUCCAAAAGAAUCUCAGUAGUACUCUGUACAUGAAACAUGAUGUCUAACGGCAUUCAGAAUCCGACUGAGCAAAUUGAAGAUACCUCAAUGGGGAAUAAUGUACAUCAUUCGUCCUUGGUAUCAUCGCCAUCGUCGGCCUUGAAUUCUCCCCUCAUGAAGCUAUCUUCGUACUUCCUGGCAGCGCGACCGUGGUCGCUGAGUGCGUCGUUGAUGCCGACGCUUCUCGGAUCAGCGCUUGCAUAUCGACUACCAGGCCUAGCGAGCUUUAAUUGGAUAUCGCUAUGCCUUACUGUGCUUAUAGUGUUUUGCGUGCAUGGUGCUGGUAAUGUAGUGAACACUUAUUUUGACUACGUAAAAGGCGUUGAUAGUAGAAAAAGCGAUGACAGAAUACUGGUAGAUGAGUUACUGUCCAAAGACGAAUUGGUCACACUGGGGGCAUUUCUAUACGCAGCAGGAUGUUUAGGAUUUGUCUUACUGGCAGUCAUCUCUCCCGCAAAGAUGGAGCAUUUGGCUCUUGUGUAUUUCGGAGGUUUGUCCUCCUCCUUUCUCUAUACAGGAGGUAUAGGAUUGAAAUAUAUCGCUCUAGGCGAUGUACUUAUCUUAGUUAUAUUCGGUCCAAUCUCAGUUCUAUUUGCGUUUAUGGCGCAAACUGGUUACGUUGAACUAGGAACAAUUUAUUACGCGAUACCGCUUGCCUUGAAUACCGAGGCUAUUUUGCACAGUAACAACACGAGAGAUAUGGAAAGUGACGAGAAAGCAGGAAUCGUAACACUAGCUAUUUUAAUAGGUCAUACCGCGUCUCAUGUUUUGUAUGCGUUUUUACUGUUUACACCAUAUAUAAUUCUUAUAGUAGUGGCGUUUAGAUAUUCCCUCUGGUUUGUACUGCCAGUGAUCACUUUGCCGACUGCCUUCAAAAUAGAAAAGGACUUUCGCAAUCCGCAUAGAAUUCAAAACGUGCCUAAACGGACAGCUGGAUUAAAUUCGUUUCUAGGUAUUUUGUAUGUUCUCGCUUGUUUACUCGUGAGCUCGCUUCCUUAUCUGUAAAUUAUACAUGAGGCAUCAUCGUCCUGGAUUACUCUUUCCGUUGAUAUUUUUUUUCAGCGAGAAAAAAAUUUUUCAUCUAGACUUGUAAUUAAAAGUAUAACUGUUCAGAGCGGAGGAAAAGUUUAAAACAUGAGUUGUUUUAUUUAUUUUCAUAUAUCAAUUACGUUCAAUAUA